CUUUUAACACUUUCUCCCGGUUCUCAGAAUGGUAUCCCUCCCAAAAAUUCGAUAUUUCACUCGGAAAGAGAUUUCUCACCACAAUAUGCCAGACGAUCUUUGGGUCUCGUUCAUGGGAAGAGUCUACGAUUUGACUGACCUCUGUAAUAGGGAGAAAGGAAACGUACUUCUGAAGCCAAUCCUUGAUGUCGGUGGUACGGAUAUCUCCCAUUGGUUCGACAAGGUUAAUCGUGACGUCCGCAGAUACGUUGAUCCUGAAACUCACUGCCUCAUUCCUUAUUGUCCAAACGGUCGCUUUCUUCACAUCCCGCCACCUUACCCAGACUCCAGCUGGGCAAAUGACUUUGGUUGCCCCUGGUGGAAGAAUGAGAAUUUCCAGGUUGGCUUUCUCUCCCAAAAGACUUGCCGUAUCAACAUUGUAAACUCGUUAACAUCACAAGAACAAAUAAUUGAGGUUUGCUCCGAGGAACAGAUUCAAGACAUACUCGAACGCUACUUGCCCUACAAUGCCCAUGCUGCCAGUUACACGUGGAAGUACCAGGGCAAAAACUUGGAUAUGGUGAAAACCCUGGAAGAGAACGGCAUCAAAGACUUUGACGAGGAAUUCUACCAACUGAGGAUGGACGAUAAUACGUACCUGCAGACUAUACACCUGUAUUUCAAUGAUGACCUCACUGUUGCGUGACCUCUCACGACCACCACCUCCUACACCGCCCCUCCAUUUUACAAACUAUUUAGUUAAAUAUGACUCCUACCCUCACUCCUGCCACCACACCUCUGCCCCUCUUCUAUUCUAAGGAUGACUUCUCUCUCACUACCAUCACCUCUUCCUCCCCCUCUUCUAUUCUAAGAAUGACUUCUCUCUCACUACUAUCACCUCUUCCUUCCCCUCUCUUCUAUUCUAAGGAUGACUUCUCUCUCACUAUCAUCACCUCUUCCUUCCCCUCUCUUCUAUUCUAAGGAUGACUUCUCUCUCACUAUCAUCACCUCUUCCUCCCCCUCUCCUCUAUUCUAAGGCUAACUUCUCUCUCACUAUCAUCACCUCUUAUUCCCCCUCUCUUCUAUUCUAAGGAUGACUUCUCUCUCACUACUAUCACCUCUUCCUUCCCCUCUACUCUAUUCUAAGGAUAACUUCUCUCUCACUAUCGUCACCUCUUCCUCCCCCCUCUUCUAUUCUAAAGAUGACUUCUCUCUCACUACUAUCACCUCUUCCUUCCCCUCUCCUCUAUUUUAAAGAUAACUUCUCUCUCACUAUCAUCACCUCUUCCUCCCCCUCUCUUCUAUUCUAAGGAUGACUUCUCUCUCACUACUAUCACCUCUUCCUUCCUCUCUACUCUAUUCUAAGGAUAACUUCUCUCUCACUAUCAUCACCUCUUCCUCCCCCUCUCUUCUAUUCUAAAGAUGACUUCUCUCACUACUAUCACCUCUUCCUUCCCCUCUCCUCUAUUUUAAGGAUAUCUUCUCUCUCACUAUCAUCACCUCUUCCUCCCCCUCUCUUCUAUUCUAAGGAUGACUUCUCUCUCACUACUAUCACCUCUUCCUUCCCCUCUACUCUAUUCUAAGGAUAACUUCUCUCUCACUAUCAUCACCUCUUCCUCCCCCUCUCUUCUAUUCUAAGGAUGACUUCUCUCUCACUACUAUCACCUCUUCCUUCCCCUCUCCUCUAUUUUAAGGAUAACUUCUCUCUCACUAUCAUCACCUCUUCCUCCUCCCCUCCAACAAUCUUCCUCCUCCUCCUCCCCUCCAACAAUCAUCUCCUACCUUUUACACUCUACACAUCUUUAGUUCAAGGAAGACUUCUUUACAGCAACUACAAGUGCCUAAACACCUUCCCUUUUAUAAGAAGUAUGCACACACACACAUACAACACCAACAACAACAAUAGUAACAAACAGUGAGACUGAGUGCUCAAAACCACAUUUGGUGGCUAAAAAUAUUCUUCAUUAACAAUGCUAUCAACAGUUUCAUUCGUACGUGAAACAAUUGAAAAUUGCAGAAUUCUUCUGCAUGAAACCAUUGGUAGCAUUGUAAAUCAACAAAUAAAGAAUACAUACAUACAUACAUGCUUUAAUUUCAACAUUGAUCUCUCUCCCCACCACCACCACCAUCAUCAUGAACAUCACCAAAGAAGCUUCUCAAGCUAGAAAUAGCAACCAAACCUUCUUCAAAUUACACCUGACCAUCUUUAAACAGGAAGGAUACAUAAUAUAGCGUAUCUAGAAUUGCAAUAUCUUCUAACUCUGAAAUUAAAACAUGGAUGGUCAUUUUACUCCCACCACCAUCUGUUUCUUCCUCUUCCUCCUCCUACUCACAGUUAUUCUCUUCAGGAUGUUCAACAAGAAAUAAAGCAAAGUUGUUCAAAUUGA